AUUUAGAUAUUAUUUUUGAGAAUUGAAUAAUUCAACUGUGAGAUAUGUAAAGAGUAGAGUAAACCUUGUGAUCUUGUUUUGCAUUGGUCGUCAAGGCUGAGACGAGCUGAGACAAAAAUAAGAGUUUUAUGUGAAAAAAGCCAUCCCACAGGGCUCUUGGUUUAUGAAGGAGGCUUGAUUUGCCGUGUCAAUGAACGGGAAAAGGAGGUAUCUCCUCAAUGGAAUGGGCAUGGAGACUGCUAACAAAACUUUUGAUUUCAAGUAGUAAAUUAUUGAAGUACUUAUAAACAAAGAGCUCCAGACCUCACCAUGGACACCACGGACAGUGUGGGAGGAUGGGGUGAAGUGGGGGACACCUUCCACAUGACGUACCGAGGGAAUUCUGAAAUUGAUCGUCAUUAUUCAAAGCCCAUGCUACCAUGGAUCAUUUCGGAGAUAAAGAACCGUCAUAAAGCAGUUCAGGUCACAGUUGAGAUAACCAGAGGGAACAUUACAAUGCGAGACACAUCUGGAGUAGUGCUCUUAAACCACACUGUGAAGCAAAUUCAUAAGUGUGUCAUGGAGCAAGCAGACCACACAUGUUUCCUGUAUACACUCAAGCCUUCUGACAAGGAGCUAGGUCUCGUGAGUGGAGCUCCAGGCUAUAUGGCUGCCUCAGAUCCAACUGUUCCUAUACCAGCAAAUUUUAGUGUUGAUCAAAACUAUCAGUGCCAUUUACUCCAGGCUGAAAAUGAACAGGAGGUGCGAAACUUCUUCACUUGUCUGCGUCAGCAACCUAGAGAUGUUCAGAACUCGCAAGAAAGCAGUUCAGUAAAUUCCCUGAACUCCCUUCCAGAUCUUUCUGUGCAUCAUGAGUCUCAGUUCUUUGAGGUGCUGUUUGUGGGUAGGGUUAAAGUGUCUCACUCCAAGGUGCCUCCAUCAUUUAUUGAUGAAGCAAUAGCAGCAUUUAAAGUGCGUGAAAGGACACGUCAGCGACAUGCUUCAGGAGGAGAGAGUGGUAACAUACAGCCAAAUAGUGCUGCUAUAUCAUAUCAGCAAGAAGGCAGUGGUCUAUCUGUACCAAAUAUUGUAUUCUCCAAUUUCUGUGAGUCAGACAUUGAACCUCGCAGUCGUAGUAACUCCAGGGAACUGGGGAAAAUUCUCUUACCAUCAAGCCAAGGCAAAGAAAAAGACCAGGAGAACAAAGAGCCCCACAAGGCUGCCAAAGUACGAUUCUCACUCUGGGGGAAUGUAGAUCAGGCAUCGCAGUCAUCAACAGAGCCAUCAUGCAAGGCUCCCUCUACCUCAGACCAUGAGAGCCACCCUGCUGUGGAAAUGAUGACAUAUAGGUCCACCAGCCUCAACGCUGAAACUGAAGCGGCAGCUAGUCAAAGGUUUGACAAUCAACGAGACAAAGAAGACACCCCAGAAUCUGAUGAAUCAUCUGCACCAGAGUUGUCCGUUGUUGAGCCAUUUCGACAGCGUCUGAGAACAAUUUCUGGAGAUUCUAGUCAGUUAUUUCGCAGGGCACCAACUACACAGGAACAUGGGAUGCGUGCUCGAGCUGGUUCAAUAGGCAGCAUAACCGCAAAACCUAGAGGCAUCCGUUAUAAUGAUUGUGAUUUAAGAAUGCUGAGCCAUGACUUCAACCGUACAAUGCUGUUCCACAUUGGACGGAGUGAAAUCCAGCUAAUUAAUCCAGAGGUCAAGUCAGUUCAGCUCAACAAACACUUUAGAGAUAUUGCCCACUGUUGCCAGGGCGUCAAACAGAAUGAUCACUUUGGAUUCAUUUGCCGAGAGAUAAGUGGUGACACCCCUUGCUACCUUGGAUAUGUUUUUAAGUGCCAGAUCAGCUCAGUUACUGAUGAAAUCAUGCAAGCUCUUAGUAAAGCAUUUGCUGCGGUGCAUGAAGCACAGUUACGUGAAAGACAAGAAAACCUGUUGUGUGAUCAAUGUCCAAUGAGGUGGUUCAGCCAACUGUGUGGAGAAGUUGAAGGGAUGCCGGCAGCUAAAGCCCACACAGUUAUUAUGAAACGCUUGAAUUCACUGCCAGAAGACGAUCGGACAACCCUUAUUGCAAAAUAUGAGGGGGCAGAGGUUUCAGAUACUCAGGCUCAGAAUAAUAUUCUUAUGAUGCUCCUCAGAGCUCAUUUUGAAUGCAAGCAAUCGACUCACACCCACACAGCCCUACCUGGUGGUGGAGUUAAGCCAGAUUUCCAUAUAGGUGCGAAUUUUGAGUCCUCCAUACGUCGAGCCAAAAAGAGCCUGGCAACAUCUUUCAACCAGUUACUCAAACGGGAGGGACGAGAAAGUGAGAGUGCUGAACGAGAGGGAUCACCUGCAGAGGAUCAGUCGUCCAGCUCGUCUGGGAGUGGCUCUGGGGAGAAGCACCAUACCUCAACCACAACCCCCCAAAAAGUGCGCAUGGAAGGCCUCAGUGACUCCCCUCUUGGCCAUCGUCACCGGCCUCGCUCAUCUACUGUCAGUUCCUCUGGGGGAGAUUCCAUGAGGCGUGAGUUCCUUGCCAAACGGGCAGCAGCUAAGCAGAAGAUGAUUGCUGAGAAGGCAGCUAAAGAGAGUGCACCUGUUAGUCCAAAGAGAAACAUUUUUAUGAAGGUGGGAUCAUCAAGUUCACGAACUGAGGAGGAACACAGCUCGGAUGGAAAGAACAGUAGUAAGUCAUCGUCUUCUACUUCAUUCAGACAUGCAAUUCUUCAGCGUGUGGUGUCUCCUUGUAACAAAACAGAAGGACAGGAUAAGUCACGAGGCCAGUUAGAAAGGCCUUUGGGAAAGAGACCGAUAGCACAAUUAAAAGUGAUCUGGAAGAAAGCAAUAUUCCAGCAGAUUCUUCUUAAUCGAAUGGAGAAGGAAAGCCAGCGCAUAAGAGCUUACCAGCAAGAGGUAGCUCUCUUGCGAGUACGGUUGAAUUAUGAUGAAGAAGACCUCCCACGGGAGGCAGUACAGGCCUGGGAAUUGAUGCUCUCCAGACCUCAUGUCAGAAUUGAUUCAAACAUCCUCCAUAGUGGUGUUAAGCAAGGUGUUCCCAAAGCAGUUCGUGGGAAUGUCUGGGAGCUCCUUAUCCACCAACACAUAGCACGGAAUCCAAAAGCACUGCCGCAAGUACCUAAUUACAACACACCAUUUGAGAGCAUGAUCAAGGACCUCACAUCACAACACCAUGCUAUACUUAUAGAUUUAGGUCGUACGUUCCCAACCCAUCCUUACUUCAUGCAGACUCUUGGGCCUGGUCAGCUGGCUCUCUUCAAUGUCCUAAAGGCUUAUUCACUUCUUGAUAGUGAUGUGGGUUAUUGCCAAGGCCUUAGUUUUGUUGGAGGUGUUUUGUUACUACAUGCAGAAGAUGAAAUUGCCUACAAUCUGCUCAAACAUAUAAUGUAUGUAAUGGGAUGCAGACGUCAGUACAGACCAGACUUCAUUGGUCUUCAGGUACAAAUGUAUCAACUCUCACGCUUGUUACAUGACCAGCUACGGAAAUUGUACGACCAUUUGGAGAACCAUGAGGUUACACCCCAGCUUUUUGCUGCUCCAUGGUUCCUGACGAUGUUUGCUUCACAGUUCCCAUUAAGUUUUGUUGUUCGUGUAUUUGAUUUAUUGUUCCUGGAAGGGAUGGAAGCCAUCUUUCGUGUUGCAUUAGUGUUGCUAAGAACUCAUGAAGAAGCAUUGCUGGCAUGUGAUUCAUUUGAGCAGAUCAUGGAUUACAUGAAAACAACCAUGCCCAAUGUUCAACUCUCUCAGCAAGGAAACAUUAUGUCUCAGGCUUGUGAAAUGUCAUUGAGCAGAGAACUCCAUGCUUAUGAAGUUGAGUACCAUGUACUCCAGGAAGAGCUGGCUCUCUCUCCCCAGAAAGAUGCUGAUUUCAAGAAGCUCCAAGAAGCCAAUAGAAACCUUAAGAGACAGAACUUAGAUUUGUUAGAACAACUUCAUCAUUCAAACUCACAGCAGCAUGCACUUGAAACUUCAAACCAGAGCCUGCAGCAAAGUCAGCAUCAUCUGGAGGUGAGGGUUAGAUGGCUAGAACUCGAGCGUGGGAACCUGAAACAAUUAGUGAGCCUUCUGUCGCAAAAGCUUUCUCCAGAGGCCUUGGCUGAAAUUCCUCCUAACUUACAGCGGUUCUUGCCUACAGAUGCCUUGAAGCCUGAAAAGAAAGAGAACCUAGAGCUGAAGAUCAGUGAGCCAGAGGACAGGGAAUCUUCGAGGGAGAGCGACGACAUCUCCUCAUCUCUUCCAACAAAUGACUUCCUCCUGGCUCAUCAAGCUCAUCAGACUCGAACGAUGAGCAUGGACUAUGGUUCAAUGCAGAGAUACAUCAAACAUCUUGUUCACAAUGAUUAGAAGGGUUAAAGCUCAAUUUCUUAGGAAUGUCUAUAUAUUUGGGACAAAAAAUUAUCAUGUCUUCUUAUUUACUCAAGAAAGAGAGGGUAUUUAUGCUGGACCAUCUUUACAUUGGAUGUGAUUUGACCAUGACUGAAGAGCAUUUUAAAUGUAUAUCUAAUAUUUAGACAGUUAUUAUUCAGCUAUUUAAAGGGGAAUACUGUUAAAAUUUAGGCUUUUGACAGCAGCAGAUGUUGGGUUAUUUAACCUAUUGUCAAGGAAGAUAUUCAGGAACAUUUAUAAGAGUAUUAAUUGUAUAUUUUAGUGUCUGUGAAGAGGCUGUGUGCCAAAGAAUGAAUGGAGAUAAAUAGUUGUGCUCUAUAUGUAAGUGAAUGUUAAUAUGCAGUUAAAACUAGACAGCUUUUACCAGUUCAUUGUAACAAUGUGCUUUAAGUGUGAACUGAAAUGUUACAUUAAUAAACAUGUAUAUAUUUGUGUGUUAUGUUAACAAAUAAAGAGUGGUUUAAGUAUCAUAUACAAGAGUGUGCAACAGUAAAUCCUGGUGUAUGAUGUAUAGUAAGCGGCAAAAAUAGAAAUAAAAACUGUUCCCUAGCAUAGAAAGUCUUGAAAUGGGAGGGUUUCUUCAAAAUAUGAUAUGAUUACAUGUAGAUAUAUUUCCUUGCAAGAGAAUAACAGAGCCAUCCAGGUUAUCUGUUUAAUGCUUGUUCAAGAGAGCCAAUAUUUACUUUUUUCUUGAUGUUUAGUUGGAUGUGAAAAUUUUAAUGGGGAGGUUCUGAAGCAAUGAUAGUGUAUGUAAUAGUUGUAUUUUUUAUUUUGGUAUAUACAAUUUUUAUAUUUAUUAGCAGUUUGUAGAAGCCUUCCUAUGACAUGAAGAUUGUGUAUUUGAUAUUUACCUUAUUUUUUCUAAUAAGUUCAUUUCUUUGUUUUUUGUAUUUACAAGCUGUCCCUUCCACUUGCAAACUCAUCACUUUGCAUUACCAGUGUGUGUGUGUGUACAUCUGGUUUUGAGGCUUGCAUCUGUAAGCAUAUAUUUCAGAUGUGAGUCAAGACUGGUGGCUCACACAACGGCAAUUCUGAAUGGUAAACAUGUAAGUGAAGGAAACUCGCAUGCUUUCAAUUAUGCAUUGGCAAUUUUUUUUAUUUUCUUUCCCAGUUCUUUCUUGCCUGUCCUAUUAUUUUUCUGUUUCCUUCCUAAGACUUACUGUUGGGUGCUAAUGCAUAUGCAUCUGUGACAAAUAAUGCAGUAAUUUUGAAGUGCAUGACUUAGUGUGAAUAUGAAUGCAUUUUCAUUUAGAUUUGCGUGGCCUCAGGAAAUGGUGGAAUGUGAAGUAGAAUGUUACAAUAUUUUUUAGUGUUUGCUUUAGGUUCUAACUCAAGACAGGAAUUACAGAUUUCACUGUAAUUCCACAAUUUUUACAGUAGAGGUGUAUAAUUUAUGAUAUGAUAGUGAUAGUGUGUGCUGAUGUGAAUAUACCCAUUGCUUUUUUAUAUAAUCUUAAGAUUUGAAAGAAAGACUAAAAAUAACACAGCAUUUGCACAGAAAUUCAUCUAGUCAAGACAUUGUUUUCAAUAUGCAGUUAUUUAUGCAAAAUAUAUAUGGCUAACUCUCCCCUUAAGUUAAUAUUUUCAUUUUACAUGUCAAUUUUUGUGUCAUCAAAUAUUUUAUUCAGGAAAAAUGCUUAAGAUAAAUGGAAAAAAUAUUAAUUUACUGUUAUCCCCUCUGUUUAAAGGGAUCUAUUAAAGAAAAUAUUGCUCCAUUGCUAACAUUACUGUUGGGUCAUCGGUCGACGUUACCAGGAGAAAUAAAUGUGUUUUGUGUAAAGGUCCAGAAUUCAUGAGAGUUUAUGUUUUACUGUCAUUGGGGAUUGUUCCCUAACUAUCCUAGCUUAGAUCUACAUAUUUGAAGUUUGAUAAAAAAAAAAAAUAUCUUCACAUAAAGAUUAAUAUGACUUACACCAGUAGUAUCAAUAGUAACGGUAGAAUUUGCAGUAAGUAUUAUUUUUAAAAGAUUUUGUCUGUAUGCUCUUUAGAUUCAUGCAGAAUUGAGGGCAGUUUCAGCAAUGGCAAUUUAAAGCUAAAAGUGUACAUAUUAAAGAUAGUAAUCAAGUCUUGUUAUAUAAAAUUAUAUAGACUUACAGAAGAAACCAGAAAGAGGCAAGACAUUAAUAGCAAUUGUUGACUUUUUGCCAAACAAUAUUCACCAACUAGUCUCUGAUUUGUGCUCCUCAUCAGAGUUGAAGGUCAAGCCUUUGCUCUUAGUAUGUCUGUCUGUUCUCAUUUUAUGAAAACAAAAUUACCCUUUUUCUAUGUAUAGCGUUAUUUUAGAAAAUAAAGAACAGUCUUCAUAAUCCCCUGGACAACAUUACUUAAAGAAAGGAAGGAUUGCUCAUAUAUUUGUAAAUCGUUUGCUGUUUCAGUGAUGAAACCCUAUUUUUUGAUUAAGGGACAGUUGAUUUUAUUGACAUUGGUGUUGAUAUUUAUCAUUUUAUGAUAUUUAAUAAAUGGAAGAAUGUAUUAGUAAAGGAAAUUGGCAACUGCAAUACUAGAGCAUUAGAAUGACUGGAUGUGGCACCAUGGAUUAAAUUUAGACAGAAACCUAUCCAUAGAGGUCAUUUGGUAUAAUUAUGGUACUAGUCUAAAUAAAUAUAAUUUUAUUUGAUGACAUUUGUAGUAAACAUGUGUUAUUAUAAAUAAAUAUAUAUACAUAGAUCCUUGUAAAAUAAAUUUUGAUGCAAAAG